CCUAAUCUAGCGUUCGGUUUUGGUAUGUGCUGUUGCGUCAAGAGUUGGGAGGGUGCUGAUAUUUAAGCUGUGUGUGUGCUAAUGCGCGGAAGGCUCCUUGAUUUUCGUACCCAUGUACUUGAAGUAUGGUCGCCGACCUGUGAUGCUAUUCUCUCUCGUCACAUUCGCUGCGGGUUUAAUCGGAGCAUCUCGAUGUACUACGUAUGACGGGCUUCUUGCCGCGAGGAUAGUUCAUGGAUUCGGCUCUUGUGUUUGCGAGGCCUUGCCAGUUCAAUUAGUAAAUGACAUAUUCUUCUUGCAUGAAAGGGGGAAGAGGAUCGGGUACUAUACAGUCUGUUUAUGCCUCGGAACUUUUGGAUCACUUCCAGCUGGAUACAUGCUCGCUGCCGGCUAUGGUUGGAGGUUAUUCUUUUACGUAGAAUUCGCGUUCGCGAUGGCGCUUCUAAUACUAGCUUUCUUCUUCGUCGAGGAGACGUCUUAUAAUCGGGCGGCCUUCACAAGUCCAUCGACGCCGCCAAACGAGAUCGAGAAGGAGGGUCUCUCCGAAAUUGAAAAAGGGUCUCAACAAGCCGACCUAGUUGUCCCUCCUCGUAAAAGUCUCUUACAGACACUCAGCCUAUGGGGAAGAGUUGACAACGAUGUUCCUUUCUUCACGACGAUGAUUCGUUCGUUCACUUACUUCCUUGUACCGCAAUCCCUGUGGGUGAUUACCACUUUCGGAAUCAAUAUUGGUCUUUCGGCAUUGGCAUUGUCUUACACGUUCCCAAUCCUGAUAGUUUCGCCACCGUAUAAUUGGGCAGUGACUAAUUCUGGACUUUUCGCUAUUGCCGCCGUGGUGGGCUAUGGGUUGGCUGUCCCUUUUACAUCAAGUUCUGACAGACUAGCGGCGUACUUUACCAAACGCAACAACGGCAUCCGAGAAGCCGAAAUGCGCCUAGGCGUCAUGCUGCCGGCAAUGGUGAUUGGACCGGCUGGAAUAGUCCUAUAUGGUCUCACUGCCGAAAGAGGCUUACAUUGGAUAUGCUUUUUUGUGGGCGGAGCCAUGAACUAUUGGUCUGCGUACUUCUACUUCUCUUUCACGCUUGCAUAUGCCGUAGAUUCCUACUACGCUAACACGUCUGAAAUGCUUAUUGCCAUGAACAUUGGAAAGCAAGCCAUUAGUUUCGGGCUCGGAUUGAAGGUGUUGGCAUGGGUGUUGGAGAGUGGCUACGCUGUCGUCAUCUCCGGAGCCUUCGGAGGUGUUUUACUUCUCAACAAUGUCUUUCUUCUAGUUUUCAUGAUCUGGGGUAAGAAACUCCGGAAGUUCAUGUCAGAAACGUGGCUGGCUAGGCUGCAUUUCCGAAGCAUUCGGGAGGUAACAACCCACUAAAUGCGGAACGUGGACAGCUGGAAGAUGGACACAGAGAUCAACAUCAGAGGGAGGUUUAUCUCCUAGAACCAGUUAAUCUUCAACCAUGAAUGUGGGAAGCGUGUGGAGAAUCUAAGCAGUCAAGAUUCGUAUAUUAGAGAGACUAGCAAUAGUUCUAGAAAAUUUGAAUAGCCUUAUUGUUAGGAUAUCGUAUGAUCUGCGUUGGCUAGCCUUCAAAAGGUCUGUUGCUGAAUUUAGAGCUUGGCUUGAGGAACUAAUGCAGCUCAUACAGGUGGCG